AAGCCCCACUGGAAGGUGAGGGGCGGCUGCUGCGGGCGGAACACUGAGGCCCCGGGGCGGGAGACAUGUCGGUGCUGGCGCUGUUCCUGAGUAGGUCCCCGCUGGGCGCGCUGAGAGCCAGACUCGGUGUAACGAAGACUUGGAGCCGCCGCCGCCAUGUGUUCCCUCCACUCAGUGUCCUCAGUUGUCAGCUGGAGACUCGCGCCCCGGAACGGCAAUGUCUGUGGACUCGCCGCACGCUCCUCACUGGCCCCCCGCCGCUGCCCCGCACUUUCACCCGCAUCCGCCUCGCUGCCAGCAGCUCCCGGGACGGACACGCGCACAGGCCCAAGCCGAAAGGACACGAGGGGGACAGUGCCCAGAGCAGCCUGACACAUCUGUAUGAAAACCCAUGGACAAUCCCAAAUAUGCUCUCCAUGACACGGAUUGGCUUGUCGCCCGUGCUGGGUUACCUUGUUGUAGGGGAAGACUUUAACCUUGCGCUUGGUCUCUUCGCUUUUGCUGGAAUGACCGAUUUGCUGGAUGGUUACAUUGCCCGGAACUGGGCCAAUCAGAAGUCUGCGCUGGGAAGUGCUCUGGAUCCUCUGGCUGACAAAAUACUGAUCAGCGUAUUGUAUGUGUGCCUGACCUACGCACAUCUCAUACCAGUUCCCCUCACCAUCAUGAUCAUAUUGAGGGACGUCGCACUCAUUGCCUCUGUUUUCUACGUGCGAUACAAAACUCUCCCGCCCCCUAAAACUCUUAGUAGAUACUUUAACCCUUGCUACGCAACCGCUCAGUUGGAGCCAACGUUUAUCAGUAAGAUGAACACCGCUGUACAGUUAAUUCUAGUCGCAGCCUCGUUAGCAGCUCCCGUCUUUAAUUAUGUGGAUAGCAUCUAUCUCCAAACACUUUGGUUUAUCACGGCUUUUACAACUGCAGCCUCCGCUUACAGCUAUUACCAUUAUGGACAAGAAACGGUGAAGGUUUUGCGUGAUGAUAAAUAGACAAAAUAAGGGACGUCAUUUCUACGGAGCAUCCAUGAAAUCAGGGGGCUUAAAAAAGAAAAAAAAAAAGUCUGUGAUUGACUGAAAUGUUAAGUCUUCUGAGCCAGAAUAACCCAGAUCAACGUUUGAUUACAGUAUUUAUGCACUUAUUAUUCAAUAUUUGAAUAUUAGUAAAAUGAAUGUGGUGAAUUUUUUUUAAUAUUUCCCUGAAGGAAUAGCUCAGCCUUAAAAUGAACUUCUCGUAUGGUAGAGAGUGAAGACAAUAGAGGUGGCCAUAGACGCACCAAUAAUAUAUUGUACAAAAAAAGAAUAUUCUACAAUUUUCGGUGUGUGUGUAUAGUGGGAGAUGAGCCAAUGGAUAUCAGCAGAAGACUUGGAUGUUGGUUGGCUCAUUGAUCGGGCAGGCCGGGGAAUUUUGAUAGAUGUUCACUGGGGUCAGUGACCCCCAACAACUGUUUAACCUUUUCAUUGGCAGGCUGGACAGAGGCAGAAUAGGCCAGAGCGUGGGUGCAAUGCUGUAAAACGUUGCCUACAACCAGGCCUGGACUGAGAAUUAAAAUAGGCCCUGGAAUUUCAGGUACACAGAGGCCCACUCAGCCCACGCAGAGGCCCAAACAGCCCCCACCAGCCCACUAAAUACUGACUUUCUAUGGCACCGUAUAGCAGCCCCUCUGGCAUUUGCCAGAACCCACAGAUUGCCAGUCCGGGCCUGCCUACAACAGCUCUGUCUCUCUCUCUUACUAAAGGUGAAUUUUAAGAUGAACAUUUAAUUAGAAGCCCCCUGCUGGAUUAUUUAUUAAAAUACUUCCCCCCCCCCCCCCAUAGUAGCCAUCUUAACCCUUUGGAUGUGAGAGAUUUUUGUAUAAAGUGACUGCAGGUGUUGCACAUUGACACUGUAAAUCACCUCUCCAGUACUUGCUGCUAUUUCAUAGAGUAACGUCAUUAUCAUUUGCUUCAGGCAUAAAGUUGCUGCUGUACCAGCUCCUGCUCCCCACGAUAUGUCUCUCAAAUUGGUCCGUUUUAUGACAUAACAAGAUGCUAUGAUGUCAUUUCUAUGUCAUGCUGAAUAAAGGCAGAUUUUGUAGGGGCGUCUGGGAGCUGGUUGGCUAUGGAAAAACCGUUAUCUUCAGAUUUCUCUGACUUCUGUGUCAGAUGAAACCAUUGUCUUCAUUUUCUCAGUCUUCAUGAACUGUAAUAAUUCUUACACAAUUUCUUUACACUCGGCUUCUGCAUUUUUGUUUUUUUUUUUGUUUAGCAUUUAUUGUUUUCAAACUAAUGUUUUAUAGGGAAUAUAAACUCUCAAAACAACUCAAUGUGCCAUAACUCAGAGUGUUCUAUUGUGUGUCUGUUUGUAUUUCUAAAUCAUCUGCAAAUUGAAGUGCCUGCUAUUAAAUCUUUAUAAAUUGUUA